GCCGCGGCUGUCCGUCACAUGACGUCAGCGUUUCUGCAGGUGCACGGAGAUCUGCUGCAUUGGUGCAAUAGGAGCUCGAAGGAAAGAAGAAGAAGAAGAAGACGACGACGGCGACUGCGACAGCGACAGGAUGGCCUCCGCCACUGAUGCCCGCUAUGGCCAGAAGGAGUCCUCUGAUCAGAACUUCGACUACAUGUUCAAGAUCCUGAUCAUUGGAAACAGCAGCGUGGGGAAGACCUCUUUCCUGUUCCGGUACGCGGACGACUCCUUCACGCCAGCGUUCGUCAGCACGGUGGGCAUCGACUUCAAAGUGAAGACCAUCUACCGGAACGACAAAAGGAUCAAACUGCAGAUCUGGGACACGGCGGGACAGGAGCGAUACCGGACCAUCACGACGGCCUACUACAGGGGGGCCAUGGGCUUCAUUUUGAUGUACGACAUCACCAACGAGGAGUCCUUCAAUGCCGUCCAGGACUGGUCAACGCAGAUCAAGACGUACUCGUGGGACAAUGCCCAGGUCCUGCUGGUGGGCAACAAGUGUGACAUGGAGGACGAGCGCGUGGUCGCUUCAGAGAGGGGCAGGCAACUUGCUGAUCAUCUAGGGUUUGAGUUUUUCGAGGCGAGCGCCAAAGACAACAUCAACGUGAAGCAGACCUUCGAGCGGCUGGUAGACAUUAUCUGCGAGAAGAUGUCAGAGAGCCUGGACGCCGCCGACCCCGCGGUCACCGGAGCCAAACAGGGACCUCAACUGACUGAGCAGAGCGCCCCGCCGCACCAGGACUGCGCCUGCUAGAAGAGGGGCGCCCAGCAGAGCCGGUCCCGUUAGUCCAACCCCCCCCACGUGCCCCCCGAGUUUGUGUGUCAUGUCACACCUGCUCCCCCGCAUCCCACCCCGAUAGCGGGGCUGCCGGCUCGAGUCACUCCGUUUUUUACUUUAGUGUAUUCCAUGGAAAAUUCUAGAAGGGAGACCAACGAGCCAAGCGGCCGCUGCGGACUGACCGGAGCUCCUCGGACGUGCGCCUUCCUCAGCGCAGCGCCUCCUUCAGGUCAUUGGCUGUUUUGACUUUUUUUUUUUUUGUCGUCUUUCUUCUGUUUUCUAUAGCUGAGAGUUGGGCAGGUCAGCGGUGGCGAGGGGAGGGGGGGCAUUCAGGAGGGCGAGCAAUGACAGAUGCAUGUGACAAGGCCGUGCGUCACACCGUCACCGAUACCCGUGCCAGCCGGCUCAUGUAAUGCGACACUCGAAUCAAUAAUUCACACCAGCUCUGCGCCACACACCUUC